AACAUCUUCCACUUGCGUGACUAUGUUGCUUUGUCUUGUGUUAAUUUUCAAUAAAGUUUUCGUGACGUGACCUUCCACUCACAUCCGGGACUCUUGUACAUCACGACGCGCAGGCGCUCUCUCUCCUCCACUGUGGUUCGACCUCUGCAGUCGAGAGACCCGGGCUUCUACCAGAUUUGACCGAACCGGUUAAAACUACCUAAAGUACAAGAUGUAUGCCUGUGCAAAGUUUGUGUCCACGCCGGCUGUGGUGCGUGCUGGUUCCCGGGCUCUUUACAGACCCCUGUCUGCCUCUGUACUGUCCAGGCCUGAGGCCAAAACAGAGAGCACGGUUGCUGUGAUGCCACAGAAUCCCCUCACCCAGGUCUCUCUGAGAGGCUUCCAGACCAGCGCCAUCAGCCGGGAUAUUGACACUGCUGCCAAGUUUAUUGGAGCAGGAGCUGCCACAGUUGGAGUUGCUGGAUCUGGUGCUGGAAUUGGGACUGUGUUUGGUAGUCUCAUUAUUGGCUAUGCCAGGAACCCAUCUCUGAAGCAGCAGCUGUUCUCCUAUGCCAUCCUGGGUUUUGCCCUGUCUGAAGCUAUGGGACUCUUCUGUUUGAUGGUCGCUUUCCUUAUUCUGUUUGCUAUGUAAAAUCAUCCCCCUGCAACAGUUUCUUUCCACAGAUGUGACUACAUAUUUUAUUGUGGCUACCAAAAUUGUUCUGUGUUGGUGUCAUGGAAAUGUACAUUUUUCAAGUCUUUCAGACACUGUCCAAAUAAGCAAAACAUGUAUUGUACAAAUGUAAGAUCUUACACAAUUAAAAUACAUGGAUUUGACUAUUUA